AGAGAGAGAGAGAGAGAGAGAGAGAGAGAGAGAGAGAGAGGGGAAUCGCAAUUGGUCUAUCAGGUUACGGCUUUGGGAAGCUUAAGGCCUGCAAUUGGGGUUGUGGUUGAAACGACUCUUUCCUGGCUCGAUUUAGAAGGAAGUAAAAAUGUUCAAGAACACAUUUCAAUCCGGAUUUCUGUCAAUUCUAUACAGCCUUGGGAGCAAACCAUUGCAGAUUUGGGAUAAAGAAGUUGUCGAUGGCCAUAUUAAAAGGCCACAGGAUGAAGACAUACAAUCCAAUGUCCUUGAAAUAAUUGGUACGAACAUCCAGUCCACAUAUAUUACUUGCCCAGCAGAUCCAUCAGCUACACUUGGUAUAAAACUUCCAUUCCUGGUUAUGAUUGUAAAGAAUCUGAAGAAGUAUUUCACAUUUGAGAUUCAAGUUCUGGAUGACAAGAAUGUCAGGAGACGUUUUCGAGCUUCCAAUUUUCAAGCUGUAACUCGAGUGAAGCCAUACAUCUGCACCAUGCCACUGAGGAUGGAUGAGGGCUGGAAUCAAAUCCAGUUUAAUCUAUCCGAUUUUACCAGGAGAGCCUAUGGAACAAACUAUGUGGAGACAUUGCGAGUUCAGGUUCAUGCGAAUUGCCGCCUGAGGAGGAUAUAUUUCUCUGACCGCUUGUACUCCGAAGAGGAACUUCCGCCUGAGUUUAAGUUGUACCUUCCAAUGCAGAAAGCAUGACAUGAUGCAACAAAGGAGGGAUCAAAGCCACUGGAGCUGGAUUUUGAGUGUUCAGAUGGCAAUCUUUGCUAGUGCCAGUUUUAUAUAAAUUAGAAAGGAAAAAAAAACACUAUCAGUUGUACUAGAGCAUGUUUGUAUGUCUGUCAUACAUAGUAAAAAUAUUUACGAACUCUAUUUGUGGAGACUGGAGAGCAGGUGUCGGGAUCAGAAUGUCUUAAGCAUGAAGUAGAACUCAAUACAAUAUUUGUUCAAUUAAUCCUUC